AUGAGACGCCGUCUUUUGAUUGGAACCCCCAGGAUAGGGAAGUCAAUGGCGGCUGGCUCCUACCUCCUUUAUCAGCUGCUGCACUACGAUGCCACGAAUCUCCAUGUGGUUGUGUACUGCUUUGGAAAGGGUUUCGCAUACUUGUUUGACAGGAGGACACGAACGGUGACAAUAUACGAGGGUGGGUGUAAUAUUAGAGGGGUUAUGGUAAAUUUGGCUGGGAGUGGAAUGAAGGGGUAUAUUAUCAUCGAUAUGGCAAGACAACUUCAAGAACCAUCGAAUGAUGUUGUGCCCUCCGAUGAGUGGGGCAUCAUUAUGUUGUCGUCCCCGAACGAAGAUAACUUCAAACAAUGGGCGGAGCAGGCGGAUGCUAUCAAAAUAAUCAUGAAUUGCCCCGAUGAAAACGACGUGAAGGCGAUGUGUACGUGGGAGACACGCGAUACGACUGAAGAGGAGCAGGCAGGGUAUUGGAGAAGGACGCACAUGCGCAUGGAUGACGUCGGACCGAUUCCACGAUGCAUCUUUCAAUUCAAUGAAUAUGAGACCCGCGUGCGUGAUGCCAAUAACGUCCUGGCAGGUAUCGAUGCCUCAAAUGCUGUACAUUAUGGGAUGAUUGGGGGCAUGGGAAUGCGGCCCUCGAAUGACGCACCCUACAUAGUCGAAAAAAAAGUCAUUCUUCUCAUCCACUUUGAGCAACUUUGCAAUUAA